CCACGAUCAUCUGGCCACUACGAGGAUGGUCCUUCUUCCAGUAAUGGCUAUGAGAGAAGAGGAGGAGGCGACGGCUUCAUACUAUUAAGGAUAGAAGGGAGUUUUUACUAAAGCUGUAAGUGUACUAACGCCUCGAGUAGACUAGGUACAACCAUCAUCAUCAAGGCUACAAUAAAGAUAUAUGGAUUCGUGGUAGAAGUUCUAAUAUUGGAUCACUCUGUUCGAGGAGAAAGAGGACCGCCGGCUGGAGACAAUUACCAUAGAGGGAACGGCCGCUCUGCGUAUCCGGAUGAAAGAUAUGGGCAACAUUUAGUGUCCAUCUUUCUCGGCAUCUUGAUCCCCUUUGGCCUUGUAUUCUCAUGAAACACAAGGGGAAAGGGGUCGGGAUGAGGGGACCAAGAUGGAUUGCCGCCGAGUCUAAGAAAGAGUCGAACACUACUCGAUUGUAGUGCCGCCACCCGGAGAAUUUCGACGCCAAUACGCGAAUGACCGGGACGCAGAAGAGCAUUUGCGGGAGGAGUACACCAGACGGCGGGAAAUGGCUGUCUUCUAUUAUUAAGGCGUCUGUAAUUGAUGGGCCACAUCAACCUUGGAGAUACGACCAUAGGUUAAGUACUUGUAGAAGUAAUUUCUCUGUCCUAGUACCCUAUCAUGGGUUACCGAGUUGUAGCUUCUCUGUACUCUAAGAUCCCACCCUACGCAAUGCCAAAAAGCUCAGUCGGCAGAAUGGCCACUCCUUAGAAUACAACUGGAGAGUGCUAGAGGCUCAACGGGCAACGAGCAAAGGUGGUGGUGGAAAAGGAUCGAGAUUCUAGAGGAGUCGAUGUAUUGGAGAAUUCUAGAG